AUGACCGACAAUUUACUGCGCACGCUCAUUCACGAAAUCCGUGCGUUAUCGGUGAAUCAGACGGAUCAAUUGCUCGCGAUUAAUAUGCGCCUCGACAACGAGUUGGUUCCCCGAACAUCGUCCAACGCGUCGCGCCGUUCAUCGCACAGCUCGCGACACAAUAGCGGCAAGAGCGACUCGGAUACGUCGCGAGCACCUUCGUUUCCGAGAGAGUCGAGCUCUCACCAUCCGUUGCGCGAUAUAACACCGCAUGUGGACGAACACCCUGCCGUGAGUACGUCGCUCAGCAAGACACAGGUAGCAAAGGAGCAUCGGCCAAAAGACGAUGAAGCGCUAUGCGGCGGCGAUACGACGCUCAAACGUACCGAGAUCAGCAAGGUAAAGAAAACCUCGAAGAAAAGGGAGUCGGUUGUGGAAGCGUCGUCAUCGUCCGGAGAAAGUAACACGCAUAGUCGCAAGCGCUCGACAUCACCGUCGCCAUCAUCGUCUGACGGAGGAAAAUCUCGCGCCUCUCGCAAAAGUGAAAAGACUAAGAGACGCAAGAAGCGAGGCACGUCCUCCUCUUCAUCCUCAGGAGAUGAGGUCGUGCAAACCUCGCACAAGAGAACCAAAGUAAAGAAGCACAAGAAAAGGAGAGCUUCGUCUUCGUCUUCAUCUUCGUCAUCGACGUCGUGCUCUUCAUCGUCAGAUGAGAGCUCGUCCAGCGAAAGCUCAUCCAGCGAAAGCUCGUCGAGCGACGACUCGUCAAGCGACAGCGACGCAAGCCGCCAUCACCGAAAAGGCAAGCGCCAUCGCAAGAGGAAAACGGCGACGAAGAAGAGAAGAACAGCUCGACCAAGACGAGCGUUCCGGGAAAGACCGACGACCGAAUGA